AUGUUUGGCGUAACAGUGUCACUGUUUUGGGAGUAUGAGUCUGGUGGGUCUUGGGCAGAGCCUGACCUUGACAGGAAGGGCGUAAUGGAGACGGACUUGAUAGCAUCUACGAGAUCCUUGAUCCUAGAGCCGCUUCUGAGCACUUCCGAACUUUGCCAAGCCCUAUCCCUACACGCGAUUCUCGGACCUGAAAUUGGCCGCUGGCGCUUUGAAUGUUGCAUGAAUUUCUGGAUUUGGCCUAAACAACAUCGGAUCCUCAAUCCCUGUGCGGCUCGGCCAGGGGCCAGGGGGAAGACUCGGAAGAGUCAGCGGCAGCGCUGUAGAAUACACCUCAUCAGUCUGUACGGCUGGUCUGUACUUUGCGUGGAAACUAACGCGCCAGACACCCGCUUUCUGCCCCCAGCUGGCACUUACUCCUCCGCGUCCUCACUCAAAUUGAUAUCACGAAGGCAUGGCGAGUUCUUACUACGAAAUCAUUCCAGGACAUCCAACAAACGGGAAAUAAAUCCACAAGACCAGCAGUUCAAUCGACUAUCUAAGUACCGUCAGACGUGGACUGUAUUGUUGACGAUUUUCUUGACAAGCUGCACAUUCAUCUUUGGCUCGCUACUGGGCUGGUUUCUUUUCAUCCAGGACAAACCCACGCUCCUUGGAGUAUGUUCGAAUUCUCCGCAGAAAGCUCGAGAGGCUGGCUGUGUAUUCGACCCCAUGAUGUACAAUUGGGUCAACGAGCGCUGUUAUUGGAAGCAACUCUCUGACGAAUACCUCGCUGCCGGAAACUGGACAUUUUACCGCGAUGCUAAAGGCCAGCUUCCAUAUGCAGAUGAAGACGUUCGGCGUGGAGAUGUGAUUACUGCUUGGGUCACUGCAGACUUUCACCAUAGCCACUGUGCAUUUAUCUUGGAAAAAAGGAUGCUACUACAAGCCGGUACAUCGAAUGCGCUAGAUUCAAAAUCACGAUCUUCUGCCCACUCGAAACACUGUUUGGGGUGGUUGAGCAAACCAAAACCAGAAGUGUUUGAUCUGGUCGCGUUGAAUUUCUCGCGCGAAUCACUUGGCUGCAUUUCGGGGGGACCGAACUUCGACUGCUAUUCGAAAACUGGCACAGAAGUCUGUUGGCCUGGUGAACGACAUUCGAUUCUCCACCACUCAAUUCACUGA